UUCAGUACAUUUUUUUGUAAAUUCUUUUGUGGAAUGUAAAAAUUCCAACAGAAUUACAAUGUAUUUAGACAAUUUUGCUAAAAGAAUUGCGAAGAAUUUACUGUUGUAUUCUGUGGGUUAUGAUGAGUGUAAUACCUAUAUCCUGUGAACUUAUAAUUAGACAUAAUUGAUUGUUUACCUUAGCGUAAUUAGUUCGGAGGUUCUCUCUAGAAAAACUCGGGAAAUAAAGUGUCGGCAUGGGUAAUUAUUCUAAGAAAUCUUCGGCAGAGUGGUUUAUAGACCAAUUGAACGUUGAAAAUGCAAAAUUAGCGGCGUUUGUGCUUGUUAUUGGCUUUAUUGGUUACCACGGGAUACUACACCUUCGGUAUGGUCCUGAUUCCUGUACAUGGUUACUGACUUCAGGGAGGUAUAAGGGCGACCAUGAAUGGCAGCCUUAUGGCUGUAUGCUGCAUAGAUACUCAAAAACUGAUGCACGCCGUUGCCUCCGGUACCUGGCGUUUUGGGGGAAAUACAACAGCUUCGCUUUUAUUGGAGAUUCGCGGGUUGAACAGCUCUAUGAAUAUUUCAUAGGUGUGUUGAAAACUCGGCUAGACAUGGAUUCUUCAUACUCCACUAUAGAUCACCAUUCUCCUAACUAUACAUAUGUGGACAACAAACUUAGACUCUCCGUUACAUUUAUAUGGAGUAACGACGUGUCGAGGAAAAUGGUUGAGCAAUUCCGUACUUGGCAACAAUCCGACAAACCGCCGUCAGUUAUAAUAGCAAGCACAGGCCUACAGUUGCUAGCGACUCGCAAUACAACCGACCAAGUCAUCGACGAAUACAAGAGGAACCUAACACGAUUGGUUCAGCCCAUCGACGCUCUAGCGGUUAGAGACACUAGAAUACUCUGGAAGCUUCUGGAACCCGUGGACAGUAGCAAACAGAAGAGCCAGAAGAUCAGCAAUACUGACAUUGAUGCGUAUAAUCGAGCUGCUAUUGAGAUCCUAACCCACAGUUCUGUCAAGAUCUGGAACUCGCCGCGGCUGGUGGCGCAGGGCGCGGCGUCAGGCUCAGGGCUCCGCCUGAGCGACACGGUGCUCCGCCACUGCGCUCAAAUCCUGCUCAACAUGUUCUGCAAUGACCACAUGAACUUUAACGACGGCUCGUGUUGUGCUGCGCCUGAGCCGACUUCCAAACUACAGCUGCUUACGCAAAUUCUGUUCGCGCUAUGCGCAGUGAUAUCAGUAAUAAAGAAGCUGUGGCAAUGGACACAGACCCUACAACAGCGUCUUGGGGGGUACUCCCUAAUGUCCCCGGCGCCCGACCCCCCACCCUCCCCUCUCGCCGCUCUAGCCAAACUUGGCAUGAUCAUGGCAUAUUUCUACCUCUGUGACAGAACUAACUUCUUCAUGAAGGAGAACAAGUAUUAUUCCGAGUGGAGCUUCUGGUUACCAGUAGGCUAUGUGUUCGCGUUGGGACUGUUUUUCACAGAUGAUUCCAGGUCUAGUAGAGUCCUCCACCGCGAGCAAACGAACGAAUGGAAGGGCUGGAUGCAGCUGGUCAUCCUGGUGUACCAAGUCACAGGCGCCAGCAAAGUCCUCCCGAUAUACAUGCUCGUGCGGGCCUUGAUAUCAUCAUACUUGUUCCUCACUGGUUACGGGCACCUGUACCAUCUGUGGCAGACGGGGGACGCAGGGCUGGUCAGAUACUUCCGCGUCAUGUUCCGCUUGAAUUUCCUUACCGUGGUCCUGUGUCUCGCCAUGAACAGACCCUACCAGUUCUACAGCUUCAUACCACUCGUCUCCUUCUGGUACACUCUGUUCUUCGUGAUCUUCGCGCUACCACCGCACAUCACAAAGGCGACGUCGCACACAGUCGAGUCGAAACCCUACCAAUAUCUGUACAUAGCCAUCAAAGUGAUCGGUCUGUUGACUAUAGUGACGGUCCUAUAUAUGAGCGAGGUGUUCUUCCAGAAGAUAUUCGUCACGAGGCCCUGGAAGGCAUUGUUUGUGAACGCCGACGAUGAUAUACACCAGUGGUGGCUGCAGUGGAAGCAAGAUCGAUACUCCAUGGCCUACGGCAUAAUUUUCGCGACGGCGUACCUCCUGGCGCAACGAUACAACCUUCUAGACGACAACAACCAUAGCAACCUGUUCACACCAGGAGUCUCCCUCACCGCGACACUACUCGCCUUUAUAGGCUUAGGGAGCUACAUAACAUUCACCUUUUUCUGCACGAACACCUUUGACUGCAACGAGAUACAUUCCUACGUUGCUUUCCUCCCCAUUGUAAGCUAUAUAAUCCUAAGGAACGUAUCAGGUGCGUUAAGAAUGCGACAUUCCAGUAUGUUCGCGUGGUUUGGCACGAUCACUUUAGAACUGUUCGCCAGUCAAAGCCACAUUUGGCUGGCCGCCGACACUCAUGGAGUCCUAGUACUUAUACCAAGCGCUCCCAUAUUAAACCUAAUAUUAACUUCGUAUAUCUUCAUUUGCACAGCACACGAGAUUCACAAGUUGACUGGUAUUAUAUUACCAUAUGCAGUGCCAGAUGAUUGGAAGUUAGUAUUGAGAAAUUUCGCAAUUUUCCUAGCAGUACUUGUACCUAUAGGCAUACAUGAUGGUAUGUUUUGAACGAGUCAAUUGAAUAAUGGCUGUGUGAAAGUAUUAUUGAAAUGUAAAUAUUUGUGAUAUGAUAACGCGUGAUAUGUGAUUUUAAUUUAAACUUAAAAAACUACAAGGCAAUGUUAGUGUUUUGGCAAUGCUGAUUUUAUUUAUGUACAUGAACAAUUUGUAAUCCAAAACCAUGAAGUCUUCGAUGAGAGUGGAAGGAUCGUAGUAAGUGGAAUCCCGUGGAUUCUGCCUACCCCAACGGGAAAUGGGCGUGAUUUUAUGUAUGUGUACAAUUUAUAAUGCGUUUCAAGAACUAAGGUUUGUUCCAUUGCUUGCUCUGAUAGGCUAUCCAGAACUUAUCUGUUAGAUAGGAGCUCUACCAUACAUUUUAAAUUUAGUACUGACACACGCCACCAGUGCUCUUUUUUAAAUUGGAUAGGGACCUUAGUAUAUUUUUAUUGUAUUUCACCAUAGAGCAACUACAUGUCGCCAACCGUAUACCGCAAUAUAAUGUACCCACUUUAGGACUCUGUCGCACUAACAUAUUUGACAUUUAGUGAGACUUACAGUUCAAUCUGUCAAAGAAUUUAAUGUGACAUGGUACCAAAGUGUAUACAUAUUAAUGCUCGUGAUCGUUUCUCCAGUAGUAGUCAUCCGACAGAUAGGCAAUUAGUUUGCCAGUAAGCAGUGGAAUAAACCAAUAGUUUUUAAUUUAUUAUUUAUUUAUAUCACUACGAACACGAAGUGAGAUAAAAAGACAAAGUAAGAAACGUAACAAUAAUAAAGAGACGUCAACUAGAUAAGAGUUGGUAAUAGCAAAAAGACAUACAUUUACUGACUUAUUUUUAUUGAAUUUAAAACAUAAAUGGUUGUAUGGCUACCGUAUGUACUUGUACGGGGUGUAAGUGACAUCGUAACUAAUACUGAGAGGGAUAAUUCAGCUGAUUAUUCUGAGUUAAUAUUAAGUGGAAUUUUUCUGAAAGAAAAUAAUAAACUAUAAAAUAAUGAACUAAAAAAAAUAGUUCGAUAAAGAUAAUUAGGUAUAUUAUUUUGAUGGUCCUACGUACACCUCCAUCGGAGUAGAUAAAACCAAAGAAUUUUCCAUCGUAAAAGUUAUAGAAUUGACAACAUUUCAAAUUUUUAAGCCGUGGUUUUUUUGUGCUAUUUCGAAAGUACUUGUUUAAAUAGAAGACACGUAUUUUUUCUUUUCAAGAUUUUUCCACCAGAAGUUACAAAAAAUAUUUUUUGAAAAUUGGAUUCUGCCAUUGAUAGAAUGAAGGCAGUAUAAUGUAAUGUACCUUUGCAUGCGUAUUUAAAACAAUAGCUGUUUGAUAUUGUCUGUGGGGAUUUCGAAUGUCAUUGUCAUUCGUCUGUUUUAGCAUUUUAGGUUAAAUUAUUAAAUUCCCGUUUCCCCAUUACUUAAUAAAAAAAAGAAUGUGCAACCACGUAAAUUAGAUCCUCUAUUAUUAUUAUAUUAAAUCUAUUAUUAUUCUUCUAAUAUUAAAAAAAGUCAUGAAUUUUGCGACAGAAAAUUCCACUUCAUAUUAACUCAGAAUCAUGGUCUGAAUCAUCCCCCUGAGUAUUCGUUACGAUGUCACUAACACCCUGCAUAUGAUCAAAGGUUGAUAAACUCAAAUAAAUGUACAUGAAGAUGUGAUACUAUGAAUAUUAUGUAUAUUAUAUUUAUUUAUUUAUUCAGUAUUUCGGCGUUUAGUUAGUCCCUUUAAUCUAGUUAAAGACAUCUCUCAUCAAUACGUACAGUCAUGAGCAAUAUCAUGUACCCACUUUAGAACCCUGGCCCACUAUCACAUUUCACAUUUAAUGAGACUUACGGUUUAAUUUGUCAAAAAAGUUAAUGUGACAUGGUUCCAAAGUGUAUACAUAUUAGUACUCGUGACCGUACAUUGCAUACAUUGCAUUGCAUACAUUGUUUGGGAGUCUCAUAUCCCUACUUUAAACGCGGUAAGAACCCGUUAUUAUGUGUUUUAAUAAUGGAAUGUUUUUACAACAGGAACUUUCCCGCUUUGGGACUAUUCACGGGAACGGCGCAUAUCCUUAUACCCUAUUUAACGCAACUAUUCUCAGUAGUUCCUUUAGCAGUUCCUCUGAAGGAACUACUGAGCAUUUUUUGUCCUUGUAGUUCCUUCAAAGGAGCUAAAGGAACUACUAAGACUACCAAACCAUAAAGUAGGUAACGUUUUUUUUAACCGACGAAAAAAAGGAACUACUGAGCAUUUUUUGUCCUUGUAGUUCCUUGUUCUCAAGUCGACUAUCUGCUCUUAGUAGUAAGUCGACCCGUAUUGCCUCUGUUUUUCAGUAGUCACUUUAGCAGUUCCUGCCAACUGAAACUGCAUGUUAUACUGAAUAAAAUCAUCUUUAUGUUAAAACAUACACCUUUAAUUGUCAAAAUUAAAAAGAAAGUUAUCAGAUUACCACUAUUAAAUUAUCAGAUACACCACAAUAAUUUGGGGACCAACUCAACAUCUGCAGUACAAUGCGAUCGUUUCUAAAAAAUGUGGAAUAGGCAAUUCACCGGAAGUCAAUUGUAAUUGCGAGAACUGAAUGAAUUCAUCUUUGUCUAAAUCAAUUUGACGACGCUUCGUUAUAUUAAUUUUAAAUUUUCUUAAUUGAUCGCUCCUAAAAUUGGCUAAAUAUGCAUCAUCGCUCAAAGCGUGCAGAGCUAAUGACAAGCAAAAGAUGAUAACCUUUCUAAUGAGUUUGUGUGCAUAAACCGCAUAUAAUCUCUUUCCUGACACUUGAUACAGAAAUAAAGGAACUUGGUAGUCUCAGUAGUUCCUUUAGUUCCUUUGAGGGAACUACAAGGACAAAAAAUGCUCAGUAGUUCCUUCAGAGGAACUGCUAAAGGAACUACUGAGAAUAGUUGAUUUAACGUAUAUGAUUUGAGUGAAAUAUUUUUCUCUGGCAAAGUAGUUAAUGCCAUCUGCGGCAAAUCAACAAUAAGUCGUCAAAAAUAGAGUGAAAUAUCUCUGUCUCUUUCGUAGCUGUAUACUUUCAGCGCGAGAGAGAGAUAUCACUCGUCUCUUUCGCACUAGGCGAUGUACUAUACCUCUGUCCUUGUCAUGCUACGUUAAAUAGGGAAAACUAGUUUGCCUGGUAUUCAAUAGGUUUUUACUUUAUUAUGACACAAUGCUAGAACGGCAAAUAUUAGUUAUAUUGAUCUCUUUAAUACUUAAUCGCAUAAUACGCUGAGUGCCAUUUUAUUAUAGUUUUUUUUUAAACUGACUGAAUUUAAAACAAUUGAAAAUGGUACAUUGUUCACCAAGAGAAGAAAGUGACUGAUUACCAACGAGGUUGGAAUACCAGCCUCAUCAACCCUGACAUGGCUCAUGUAACGAUUACUUACUUACAUCAGUAAGUAGUAACCGGGACCAACGGCUUAACGUGCCUUCCGAAGCACGGAUCAUCUUACCUUCGGAAGAUCAGGUGAGCAACCUGUAAUGUCCUAACCAAACUGGGGAUCACAAAGUGAACCCGGGACCUCCGGAUCGUGAGCCCAACGCUCAACCACUGGACCACGGAGGCCGUUAGACCUGGUUUUCUUAUACCAUGGGUUGAACCAUAUCUGUCACCACCUUAUCACGCUUUCCUAUGCUUCUAUCCUUUUCUGUUUCUGAGAACCGUCAUUCGCUAGAGUGAGAGCGAGCGUGCUGUCAGAUGUGGUAGAACUUUCUCCCUUAUAAAUACCAGAAAACAAGUUGGGAUUGCAGUCCUAAAAGGGCUAUGAUUGGCUAUUUAUAUUCUGUGAACAUUUUAUUUCCAGUCUGUACAUAUUCGCUACAUAAUUAUUAUAGUCCUAGUUAAGUACUUGUAAUUAUGUACAAAGAUUUACAAAUAAAUGCAAUUUUCAUUGUA